UCUCUCCUCUUCCUCCUCCAUCACACUGACAGCUCCUCCUCACACACCCGGGUUCCUCUCGGGUUCCUCUCUGGUUCCUCUCCACCUUCACGUCCCUGGCGUCUCGUCUGACCCUGAGUCCAGCGUCCCCCCCGAUCCAGCAGCCUGGGGUAGAUGUUGUUGGAGUGGAUGAUGAACGGACACGCCAUUCUAUACACGGGGGUCACUGUGGCCUUCUGGACCACCAUACUCGUCGUCGGCCUCUGCUACACCAUCUUUGACCUUGGUUUCCGUUUCGAUAUAGCAUGGUUCCUCACGGAGACCUCUCCCUUCAUGUGGGCCAAUCUGGGAAUUGGUUUGGCCAUUUCUCUGUCAGUGGUGGGAGCCGCUUGGGGGAUUUACAUCACAGGCUCAAGCAUCCUUGGUGGUGGUGUCAAGGCUCCACGAAUCAAGACCAAGAAUUUAGUCAGCAUUAUCUUCUGUGAAGCUGUUGCGAUCUAUGGGAUCAUCAUGGCCAUUGUUAUCAGUAACAUGGCUGAGAACUUCAGCGGAACAACCCCCGAGACCAUCGGAGCAAGGAACUACCAAGCUGGUUACUCCAUGUUUGGAGCCGGUCUGACUGUGGGCUUUUCCAACCUCUUCUGUGGCAUCUGUGUCGGCAUCGUGGGCAGCGGAGCGGCUUUGGCAGACGCCCAGAACGGCAGCCUCUUCGUUAAGAUUCUCAUCGUGGAGAUCUUCGGCAGCGCCAUUGGACUGUUUGGAGUUAUUGUAGCUAUUCUGCAGACGUCGAAAGUAAAGAUGGGCGACUAGAGGGCGUUCACACACUGAGAAGAUGAAAUGACAACUGCUGGAAAACAAAAAGAUGGAUUAUUGUGUAUAUACAUCGUAAAUUAUUUAAACGUCUCUAUUUGCCUUGUUUUCUUUAACCAUUAUUCAUUCAAGAGUGGUUGGUGCAUCGUUUUGAAGUUGAAGCAAGAAAAUGUCAAUUAGUGCAAACAACAACCGACAUUACAUGAAGGAUUGUACAUUAAGAUCAUCAUAAAGUCUGUAGUCAUUUACCUGCUGAGUCAAAUUCAUAGCAUAAACGUUUUCCGACCACUCUUGGAUGAAUGAUGAGUUAAGAAUUACACUAGAGUAUUUGGAAAUAUCUGUGUGUGUGUGUGUGUGUGCGCGUGUGUGUACACUGGAUACGUGAUUUGUUUUUUUCUAUUUUCCUGUGAAGCAUGAGUGUUUCCCUUUGUGUUUGUAGCUGGGUCUGUCAUUUUUUUUUUUUGUUGUUGCAUCUGUUCUUUGCUUAUAAGCGAGUGGCCCUUCCUCCACAUCGUGGCCCAAAUCCAGUAUUUGCCAGGUCUCUUACUUUAGUAUCCAGAGAGAAUCUGACGGUUUUGAAUUAAAAAUCAUUUUAGAGAGGUAAGAGGACGGAUCACAGCAGCAGAUCUGCUCUGAAUAUGUCAUCCUGUCAUUCACUUCAUCACUUGCUGAAACUUUUCUUCAUUUGAAGUCCAUGACAUUCUUGAAUGUCAGCCACAAGUUCUGGUUUUUCCCCAGAGUCUUCUCGACUUUUUGAGUUCAGUUGAUGUUAAGAGGGAAAUAAAGAUGACCGUGCUUGAAGAUGGCUUUAGAAAACCUGGUCGGUCACAAGAACAAACAAAACUUAUGUCCUCUCUUCUCUGUAGAUUCGUCAACCUUGUCUGUUCUUAGACUGGAAAGGAGAAUCGUUUAUUUUUAUAUAGAAUUACCUUAAUCUUGGUUGUAAGAGCAUGAAGUCUUUCAGAAAUUAAUACUGUAUAGAUGCACGAGUCUACUGACGUGUAUUUUUUAGCAAUCUCAGGUGCUCUGGUGUCCAAGACUCUGGGUAAAAACUAUCACCUUAACUUCCUCUUCAUUUUCCACCAAAAAUCAUCUGGUGACAUUAAUAUCAAAUGUAAACUUCACAUCUGUUUUCCUUUAUGUUUUCUAACAUUCCUUCGUGUGUGUAAAUUGGAGUUGUGUGUGUGGAGUCCACAUUGACAGUAAGAAACUCCUGGUACAUUACAACAAAGUGUACACUCUUGAUGUUAUGUUCAACUGGCUGCUGUACAGGAUUUCAGGUGUAAUUAUUUUAUGUCAACUUAGUCUGGGUAAACAAGUUAUGUUUCCUGAGUUUCCUGAACCUUUGGCAGCCAGCUGACAUCAUAGAAUAGAGUGGAUGCAGACUCCGAGUGCAAAAUGCUGCAAUAUUCAGUCUCAUGUUUGUUGGUGACAUGUACAGAAACACAUUUUGUUCUUUAGGCAUCAUUCCACAUGGAUGACAGACCACAGCUCAUUGUGACUUGUCUGAAAUCCCUUCUUGUGAAGCUCUGAAAGUGAAUAGUGAACAUUGAAUCUAACAUGGGGGGGCGGAGGAACUGAGUAGACCUGAGCCCUCAGUUGUGUCUCGGCUGCAGAAUCAUCUUUCUCCUUUACGGCGGUUUUGUGAUUAAACCCAAGAUGAAACUCCACCAGGCUCUUCACCAAACCCCUGCCGUUCAGUGACUGUAGUUGGUACUGUGUGUUUACUUUGUUGAUGUGAUGGUGAUGAGAAAAUAACAUGUUUUUGACGUUGUGUAUAAUAAGAAAAACAGAUCAUCCUUCUGGCUUCAUAAAUGUCCCUGAGAAAAAUAAAAAGGUCCAAUCAAGAUCUCUGAUUCGA